AUGGGCAUGAAUUCUCACAGUUCGCCCUUCCAAUUCCUGAACACCUGUCACUUCUCUUAUUUCACUGAGCUCCAGGACAGACACUGGCUCAUCAUCAUGGUGGAGACCCUCAUCCUCCUCUCCAUCUUCCUGGCCUCAGUGGUUGGGAACGUGUACGCCAUGGUUCGGGUCUUCCGGAGAAAACGGAUGGUCAACCACAUCUUUUUCACUCUCAACCUCUUUGUGGCCGAUCUCCUGUUCACCAGCAUGAUUCCGUUUGUCAUUGCCGCUCGGUGGACCACGGGCUGGUGGCUUGGCUCCGCCACCUGUAGGAUGAUGUUCUACGUGCUGUGUAUGAGCGGGUGUGUGGUCAUCGUUACUCUGGCUGCCAUUAGCCUGGACAGAGUGCUGGCCAUCCUCAAACUGAGAACCAUGCAGCCCUUUAACAGCAGAGUGGCCUCUGGCACUGUAGCCCUCAUCUGGAUUGUCUCGGCCAUAGCCAUGAUGCCUAUGUGUUUGUUUUUCAAAGUGACGGGCAUUAUGUCUCCUCAACAGGAGGUCAUCGAAAUUUGUACUCUAAUAUUUCCAAAUAUUGCGAUUGAGUUUUUGUGGAACAUUACCUUCACUUGUUUUGGCUUCGUGAUUCCAGGAACCGUGAUUGUGGUAAGCUACAGCAGAAUCCUACAGAUCAGGAAGAGCUCUUUGAGGAGAAUACAGCGCAGGAGUAACACCUCAAACAGAGCUACACAACCAAUCUCCAGACACGACUAUCUUCUCUUCCGUACCCUCCUCAUCCUCAUGGUCUCCUUCUUCCUCACCUGGGGCCCCAUGUUCAUCAUCGACAUCCUCCUCCUCUCUCAAAACUUUCACAUCAACAUUUCUGUUUCACCCUGUCUGUUCUUCUGGGUCUUUACCUUCACUCUGGCCAACUCAGUCCUGAACCCUGUGCUCUACUGCCUGUGCCAGUUCAGACGCAGUUGGCACAGGAUGUGCUGUGCCACUGAAGUGUCUCCCUUGAAAAGGCCGCCCGACUGCAACGAGCAGAGAACAGGAUCGCCCUCGCCAGAGAUCUCUAUCGUAUGUCAGAAAGGAGAUUUAGACUAG